AAAAAAAAAAAAAUACACAUUUUAUCUUUUAUUGUAAAUGUCUGCUAAAAUAAAUCCUACAGCAGCUCCUUAUUAUACAUUACUUGAUCCACCAUUGCCACCCAAUCCAAUUCUUUCUGAUGUUCGCAUUAAUAAAAAAAUCGACAUAAACCACAAUGAAAACCUUUCAUCUUUAAAAUCUUUAGUUGAGCAAUUCAAGGAUCGGAAAAGUUUCUGGAUUGACGUUGCCGUGUUGGAUCGAUUACAUUAUAAAAACAUGAAUCAGCAACGCCCCUUUCAUCGUUUUAAACGAUCGAUGGAAUUAAGACGUCUUUUGAAACGAUUAAAAGCAUUACAGAUUGAUAAAGAGCUUGAACGAAUUUAUUUAUCUUUUUGGAAUGCGAAAAGUUUAGAUAAAUGUACAUCGAAAUGGAACUUUAUUCCUAGUAAGGAAUCGGUUCAGUAUACUUUACAUAGAUUGAUUGGGGCGGCCUUACUUUUAGAUAAGCUUAGAGUUACUCUAGUAGAAACCUACAGAGCUAAUUCAACUUUACUUAUUUUGGAACACUUUGUUUCAUUAGCACUUGUUUAUAUGGGAAUUUGUAGUCGGUUAUAUAAAAUAUGUCACAUUUGGGUCAAUCAAAUCGAAGAAUGUUAUCAUUUAUUAUAUACUUGGUCUGCUACUUUUCCAAGUGGAUUAAAACAAAAGGAACAAGCAAGAUUUGUAGCCUUAAAUAAUCUGGAAUGUGAUAUUGACACUUUGAAAAAUGUUAGAUCUAAAUUUGCAGAAAGGACGAUGCAAAACAAGUCAUGUCUGCAACACAAAGUGCAUUUGGAAACUUAUAUAGUGAAUCAAGGAAUCACUGAUAAAGUAAAAGAAAUACAAAAACAAGUUGGCUUAGAUGAGUAUGGGGGAUUAGGAGGAGAUUUAGAAUUAGAAGAUUUAGGAGAGGUGAUCGAACGAUAAGAUGAUUAAUUCUUCUUUUCAUUAAAGUCACGGCCAAAAUUAAAGUACUAUAAAAAGAGAUGUUAUUAAAAAAAGAUGAGCCUAUUUCAAAUUUAUUUACCUUUUCACGGAAUAAAAAGUGACC